AUGUCUGACCACUAUGCUACGCUGGGAAUCGAGAAAACCGCGACAAAUGAAGAAAUAACUUCUGCCUAUCGCCGUCUGGCGAUGAAGCACCACCCGGACAAGAAUCCAGAGGACAUUGCUGGGGCCACUGAGCGCUUUCAGAAGAUUCAACUGGCUCAUGAGACCUUAUCCGACGAGUACAAGCGCCGUCGAUAUGAUGCAAGUCUAUCUGCUCGCAAUGGUCCUCCAGAGGACAUGUUCCGGAAUCGUACACGUGCGCCUGGUGCUGGCGUAUUCGCAUUUAACGAUGAAAUCUUCUGGGAAUUCUUCGGGGGUAGACCUCGACCUUCGGAUCUUCACUCCGAGGCACGCCGAGCGUGGGAGGAAGAAGAACGACGUGAGAGAGAGAGAGAGGUACGCAGAGUAUUCGACGAAGCAGUGAGAGCGCGUGAGAAGGAUAGAAAAGAACGACAGGAGAAACUCAGAUGCGAACGAGAACACCACGAUCAACUAGAGAGGGAGAAGGCCAUGUGUGCGGAAGCUCGACGGAAGGCUGAGGAAACCGAGAAGCGUAUGGCUGAGAACGCUCGGAGCACUCGUUUCAAUCAAGAGACCCUCGAGCAGCAGAAACGAUGGCAGCAGGCGGGCGCUACCACUGAGGAGCAGAAGGCUGCGAUCUGUCUGCAUUCCGGGUUCUGCGAGAAGAUCCCGCAGCGGAAGAAGUUCAAAUGCGAUGUCUGUUGUGCGAAGCGAGGCAUGGUGGCGUUCAAAUGCCCCUAUUGCAGUCGGAAUCUUUGCCAGCUGUGUGUCACGCAAUACAAGAAAGAGCGGGCUGGAGUAUUCAAGUGAUGGGGAAGCGGGA